GUAUUUCUGAUCUAAGUAGAAGGUUUCCGACACCCACCUCGGAUGGAGCUGUGACUCAGUCUUCUGCUGUCUAGCAUCGUGCAUCAGUCAUGUCUCUUGCUUAGACGUCAGUUCGGGUCAUCAAAUCUCUGACGGGUCGAGGACGCUUUAAAAUACUGAUUACCUCAACCCUGUACUUCCUGAAUCCUACAAAGCUCAAGUACUUAAGGCUAUCGAGACAGGAGGAAAUCAUUCCCCAGCCUAACAUCUCUCGAUUAAGCAUACUGAUCUGGAGGACUAACAAAAAAAACCAUCAUCGUUUUCUACACACGUCUCAGUAGCAGCGGAAGAACUUUGCCGAAAUGGCGGAUUCAAUGAAAACCAUCGGAUGUGUGUCCAAGAUCGUUAUACUGAUAGGAUUGAUCUUUAUUUAUGGAGUGAACGCUCAGGGCCCAGUCGGGUCUCCAGCACCCACAGUUUCUGUUGGUCCUGCUAUUGCUCCGAUUUCUGGACCUCCUGCUCCUCCUAUCGCUCCUGCUUCUGUACCAAGCUCAAGCGUGACACCAACUGCAGCUCCUGCCGUCCCAGGAGUCAUCCCCUCUCCGGCUCCUUUCAUUGCACUGGUCCCUUCUCCAGUUAGUAGGCCACCAACACCGUCACCUGCGCAAGCUCCAACUCCAACUCGAGGGCCAACGAAUGCUCCUGUUCCAACUUCAAGGCCGGUGUUUGCACCCGUUCCGGUGCCGAAUCCAUCAGCUUUUCCAGGAACAGCAACGCCUCCACCAUCUGUGCUCUCUGGCCAGUCAAGUGCUAAAGCAUCUGUGCAAAUGACUGGACCGUCCGCGAGGUUCAUGCUCCUCCUGGCUUCAAUCGUCCUGACAGCUUUACUUUGGUAGGCACAUCCGAUGUGCUUCUAUGGCAGCAACACUUGAUUCAGAUGACAAGUUCGUGAUAUUACAGAUGAUAUACAGACACAUUACAUUGUGAACGAAGAUGUCUCCGGGAAAUUUUACUCGUGAACGAUUAGCAGACAUUCUAAAUAUGCCACGAACCUCCAAAAUCGUAGUAAGCUGAAUAAUUUCAUUGAAUAUAAUAAAUUCCGCUUAGCUUGUCCUUGCUC